AUGCAACCCUUUAAUUAUAUGCCACAAAUUGAUAAUAAAAUGAAUGUUGUCUCAAUGCAACCAUUUCAAAUGUAUGUACCUAAUCAUAAUGUAGUGUUACCUCAAACUUAUCCUGAUAAUACACAACAAUAUUGUCAACCUAUAUUUUUUGAGCCAUUACCACCAGUAUAUGUCAAAAACCAAUUAUUACCUUCUCCAAUUUUGGUUCAAAUGCCUGCAACAGUAGUUGUUCAAAAUGAAUCUCAACCAACAAUGGUACUUAACCAACCACCAUCUAAUAUUGUCGUCAAAAACAAUCCACCAACAUCCGUUUUUGUUAAACAAUCUAACCCUAAUGUUGUUGUGAAAAAUGAAGCAGCACCAAAUUAUGUACAAAGUCUUGAGUCAUGCCAAGACACAGUUACAGACAUGAAUCGUCCAAUGAUGACAACUUUCAAUAAAAACACUUUGUAA